ACUACGAAUUCAACCGAAGCAGGCGGCAGUUGGUCGUUUCGCGGACAGGCGGUGCAAGGGCAGCCUCGGCGGCGGGGUCCUCGGUAACGCCUGCGCGGUGCGUCCUGUCGCUGAGGACCGGGGUGACCCUGAGGCUGACCAGUUGACAGACUAACGUGCGGGCCGAGCCGGCGCUGAGGCGAGCAGGGAAGCAAUGCUGAACAAGUUCCUGGGGCCACGCUACAAGGAGCUGGUCAAGUACUGGCUUCCCACAGCAGGCACAUGGGGUGCUGUUGGUGCCGUGGGGCUGGUUUGGGCCACUGACUGGCGUCUGAUUCUGGAUUGGGUACCAUACAUCAAUGGCAAAUUUAAGAAGGACAAUUAAGCUAUCUUUUCAAUCUUAUGGUCUAGGGAUGGAAGACUUCUUGGGGACUGCUCUUCUCGGGGAAUCCUGAUCGGACACAGAUGUGAAAUGCUCAGAAUGGACUCCAAGGACCUUGAUGUCUUUAAAUGAGCAACUUUGAUGUAUACUUGUAUUGGGAUAAUUAAACCUCCCUCUGAAACAUG